AUGGCAGAAUGGGAGCGUGAGUUGUGUGUUCCAAUGGCAGAUUGGGACCAGCCGCCGAUUCCGGAUCGCUCUGUGGAGCAAAAAUAUCUGCUCCGCCGAAAUCGGCAGAUUUCACCGGAAGUCCGCGUGACGUAUUUCCUUCACCCGCCUCUGCUUCCUGUCAUGGUCGCCUGUUUCCGGUCACGGGCAGUAGACAUGGAAAACAUGGACCGCAUGGAUGCUGCGACGCGCCGUGCGCUUUUGUUCAUGCUACUAGAUAGUGACAGCUCCGACUCGGACACAAGUUCCAAGUCCAGUGACGAUUCUACCGACACCGACAGUGAAUGUGACGCUGCUGUGUGUCAACGGGCGUUUGAUGUGAUGUUUCGCCUGCCUGCAAAGAGGCCUAAAGUGAUUGGGUUCGUCGAGGAUGUCGUUCGGCGAUACUCGGACGACGAGUUCCGCAGGCACUUCCGUCUGUCGCGAGCUGUAGCGGAGCAGCUGAUUGCAAGAUUUGCUGCGUCGCCUGCGUGCCCGUCAAGUAACCACGGCGGAGUGCCCGCAAAAUCUGCAGAAACUCACGUGCUGACUUUCAUAUGGUAUGCAGCCAAUAAAACAAGCAUGAGGGAGGUGGCAAGCCGCUUUGAUCUGUCGGAGAGCUCUGUGCACAGAAUCCUUCUAAGGGUGGCUGACUUUCUCCUCACCAUGGGUCCAUCUGUUGUGACAUUUCCUUCAAAUAUGGAAAAACUGUCCAGUGAAUUUCAGAAGGUGUCUGGAAUCCCUGGGGUUGUUGGCUGUCUGGAUGGCUCCUAUAUCAAAAUACAAUGCCCAGACAACAAGGUCUCUUCCACCUACUGCAACUGGCACCAUUACCUUUCAUUAACCCUUCAAGCAGUCUGUGACUACAAAAGAAGAUUCCUUGACACCUGCAUCGGAAGCUCGAGCAAAAUUCAUGAUUCUAGAAUCUUCAAGCUAUCAUCACUUUCCAAGAAACUGCCAAAACUAUGCGACAACAAUGCAUAUCACCUGCUUGGAGAUGCGGCCUAUCCCCUAAGGCCAUACCUUUUGACGCCUUUCCGAGAUUAUGGGGCGUUGUCAAAGGCACACGUAGAUUUUAACAAGAAGUUUUCAGCAACGAGGGUGCUGAUCGAAAAUAGUUUCAGCAAUCUAAAAAAAAGGUUCCGGCAACUAAUUUACCUUGAGCUCCGCACUGUAGAGUGGCUCAACAAGUUUAUUAUUGCCUGUUGUAUACUGCAUAACUUAUGCAUUGAGUGUGGUGACUUGGAGCCAGAUGAACCCGAUGAUGAUGCAACACCUCAAGAUGUCCUGUGGCACCCACAAUCAUGCACAGAUGACCCGGACGAGACAACCGAAGAAACUUUGCUGCGCAGACUGGGAGAACUAAAGAGGAGCAAGGUGCUGGAAGCAGUGCUGCGAAAGCAGUAGUGGUGUGCUAUAAAUAAAGAACUCAUGAAAACGGCUGGUGUGUAAGGAGUGCAAUAAAUUAUUGUAAUGGCUCUUGGUGAUAUAUAGUAGAGCACUGCAGGGGCCAGUUUCUCGGCUCGGCUCGAGCACGAAAGUACCAUGCAUCACGGGCCGGGUUCUGUUCGACCCAUUGGCCCUUGAACCUUUACGAAGCUAGGUCGAAUUAUCAUUUAUUGUGGAGAUACUGUCAUGGGAUCAACAGGUGCUGGGCAGUCUUCAAGCUGCAUUAAAGCAGCCUCUUGCCUUGCGUCCCGUCUUGUUGGCUACUUAACGGUGAUCCGCAAGGCUAAUGAUCAUGUGCAAUCAUAA